AUGCCGCUGCCACCCAUCAUCCUAGUGACAGACCACUCCACCUCUCCCCCAACAGCCACACGCUACACAUUCGGCCGCAACGACAUCGACUUCUCCAUCGCCUACAGGCGUAUCAAAUCUCUUCUCACCCACCCGCCUUGCCCGCAUCGCCCCCAAUACCUCUGGCCCUGCGACGACUGCGAGUCCGCCUUCACCGCGAAAUACUGGACCUGCGCCGCCACGCUUCUCGACUAUUUCGCCGACUUCCACCCCAUCGACACGCCCCUCAUGCAAUCGAUCUGGUUCUACCUCCUCGAUAUCUGGCAAGAAAGCGCGCAUAUCCUCCCCUACGAAACCGUACUUGAUGAAACCAUCGAACACAGCGCCGCACUCAUCGGCGUGGCGCGCGCCAGAGACUUUGAGAAAGCAGUUCGUGACACCAUUACUUUGUUCGAAGUCACGAUCUGGGGCCGGAGAACAGAAGCGGAUUCGUGGGACCAAGUUAUCUAUGACCCGAGGGGUGAGGCUAUGUGUCCUGUGGGUGAGUACGACACAGGUCCCUGGGUUAGUGGUGUGAAGCCCUGGAACCAGUUUCUGGGAGAGGGAGGAAUGGGUGUUGCGGCGCCGUGGUCUGCUGCUGCUUCAACUCCAACUUCACAAGACAAUGCAAACGGAGAUGGAGGUGGAGCCAUGAAUGUCGAAGAAGAGAGAACAACAACACGCUACAUCCCCCACCCCGCCAUCGCCCUAAUAGAAGGCCACACCGCGCGCUCCCGCCUCCUCGCCAACUCCUUCUACGCCAAACAAAAGCUCACUCCCCCUCAAUACAACGCCGCCCUCGCAGACUACGAAGCACACACCGUCGUCCUUCCUUCCAAGCGCGGCGAACCCCACACGUAUACUUCGCGCUUCACGGGCCGCGAAACUACAUACGCGUUAUCCAAUGGCGCGCCGCCGAUCAUGCGCUACGAGGGGCUCGGCGACCCGCAGUUGGAACUCGCGGUUCCGGAUGGAGAUUGGAAUCUGAUGGAUGAGUGUGUGGCUAGUUGUAGGGGGGUUACGGCGUACGUGGGUGUUAGUGGCGGGGAUGAGGACGAUGAGGAUGAGGAUAUGGUGGAUAGUGAGGAUGAGUUGGUGCCGUUUGAUUUGUGGACGGUGGUUGAGAAGGGGAUUGGAGGAGGACGUGGCGAGGUGUUGGAUUUGGGAGGUACUCGAGGUAUGUUCGAGAAUUGGUGGGAGGAGGAAUGA